AUGCUCGAUCCCCGCGGCGCUCGGCAACAUGCAGAUGAGCUUGCUAGAACGCUUUAUUCCCUUUUAGUCACCUAUGUUAUCGAGAGCAUCAACCAAAGAGUCUGUGCUACCGAGAAUAGUGUCGGCAAUACGAUAUCUAUUGUUGAUUUUCCCGGGUUUACCCAGUCUGCAAAAUCAUCGACCCUCGAUCAACUUCUCAACAAUGCUGCCGUGGAAUCGCUAUACAGCUUUGCUGUCCAGAGCUUCUUUUUGGAUAAAGCAGACUGCUUAGAGAGUGAAAACAUUAGCGUGCCAGCAACAAGCUACUUCGACAACUCAGAUGCUGCUCGGGGCCACUUGAAGACAGGAAAUGGCUUACUUGCUAUCAUCGAUGACCAGACAAGGCGAGGGAAAACCGACCUGCAAAUGAUUCAUAGCUUCAAGAAAAGAUUCAAGAAUAAAAGCCCGACUAUCACGGUUGGGAACCGUGAGGCUAACCUGCCUGGAAGCAAUUUCGAGACACCAAGCAUACACGUCACGUUCACUGUUAAACACUUCGCGGGUGAAAUCAAUUAUCCUAUUAAUGGUUUGAUAGAAGAGAACGGAGAGACCAUCUCUGGAGAUCUAAUCAGCCUUAUUAGCUCCACACGAAAUGACUUCGUGCGAGCGCUUUUCGGACAAGGUGUCUUGAAAAAGGUCACUCAUCCCAAGGACUUCAAGGCUAUCAUUUAG